UUUCAUCACUAAGGGUGUGAUUGGUUGGGCUAUGACGACGGAGUACUACAAAGAAGACGAAGGGAUUCAGUUUGAUCCAACGUACCAAGAAGUCAUCGAGGAUUAUCUUAAACGGAAGCUAAGUGGUGAAGAUUGUGGAGACUUCAUAUUGAUGAAGGAUGUUUAUGCCAAGGAGCCAUGGCUGCUGGACCAUCCCAACAAUUCUUUUUUCAAGGAAGACGAAUGGUACUAUUUCUCAAGAAGGACUCAGAUCUCCGAGAAGAAGAUUGGUCGUGGUAAGUACCCAAAGCGGAAGAUCACCGGAGACAACAACGACGACAUCGACCGCGAGAACUGGAGGAUAAAUGGGAAAGAAAAUAUCAUCGACGAGGAUACAGGGGCUAUCAUUGGGAUCAAGAAAAACUUAACUUAUAAGGGCACCAAGACGAACAAGAAGCAGAAGAGAGGAGACGGUGCUUCUGCUCCAGGCAGCGAAAGCGGCUGGAUUAUGGACGAGUUUGUAUUUGUGUUACCGAAACCGGACGAAGAUAAGUUUCAGGAGCUAGUCCUCUGCAAGAUUCACAAGAAAAAGAAGUCCAAGAAGGACAAGAAGGAUCAUCAGCAUGAAGCUUCUUCUUCCUCAGAGCAGAAGCCGAUCAAGAAAAGGAAGUCCAAGAAGUCCAAGAAGGAGCAUGAGUCUGUUCUAGCUGCGUCUUCCGAGCAGCAGCAACCAUUAUUAUGUGGUGGUAAUAAAUCAGAGAUUCCGAAGAUAGCAUCAUCUCCUUGUUCUGCUGCGGAAACAGAGAGAAACGGGGAGCAGAGUGGAGAAGGAAACAUGGUUCACCAAACAGACGUACUCGCAACAGAGAAGAAUGCCAUGGAGAUGACACGGGAAGAACAAGGAGAUUGGAUUGCCGAUAUGUAUGAUAUAUUUGUAAAGGGAUUAGAAGCUUGUGACAUGAUGAUCAAUAACGCGGAUCAACCACCAAUAUCCAUUCCUCCAGUAGAAUACCCUUGGAUUUGAGAAUCAGUAUGAAGCUCUCUACUUCAGGAAAACCGUUCAACGUUCUUGAAGAAAAAGAUACCGUAGUUAAAUUUUCUUUAUUUAUAGGUGUGUCGUGAGAUGAUGACUCUGCUUGUUUAGAUAUGGUAUAGCUUAAGGUUCUUAUUUGAAUAGCUCUUGGAGAAUUUUUGUGUUUUGAUUAUCCGAUUGAAUAUAACAUUUUUUCAGCA